CUUUCAAUCACAGAAGCACUCCUAUUUCUGACCGGCGUACGCCGAAAUCCCUUUCAGGUUGGCAGAGUAAACCGCUACGUUCGCCGGCAGACCGAUUCCAACCGGGCUGCCAAGAUCGUUGCGGACGCAAAAAACCCGUAUACAUGCUUGAGAAUACAACUAUUGAGCAGUCUCACCCGGGUGUAAUACGCAUUUGUUUGCCUGCUAACUAACUUACAUAUAUGCCAAGGCCCCACAUUAAACGAGAGCACCCCGGUGGGAAAUAUCGAGCACACCCUUUGUGAUUUUUUAGCGGCUAUUGGGCAUUAGCCGAUUGUUGUCGAACGUAAUAGACAACUAGCUAGGCGUUUACAUUUAUAUGAAACGCUUUGAUGUAACAACGACCGAAUGUACUAGAUAGUUUGUGUUGUCAAGAAAACAUUACAACUGAAGAGAUGAACAGUCGACUGCAAGAGAUUCGCGAGCGACAAAAACUUAGGCGGCAGCUUUUAGCUCAACAGUUGGGAGCUGAAAGCGCAGACAGCAUCGGAGCUGUGCUAAACAGUAAAGAUGAACUGAAGGAGAUAGAGGAGACAAGAGAAACAUGCAGAGCUUCAUUUGACAGUUCAGCGGCACCAUCCAAAAGAAAGGCUCAGGAGGGAGAGGACACAGAGGAAGAUGUGGAAGAACAAAAGGAUGAGGUGGAGGUGCAGCAGCUGGAUGAAAGCAACCCAUAUGAGGAAGUGUACAAGGACUCAAGUACUUUUCUUAAGGGUACCCAGAGUUUGAACCCUCACAAUGACUACUGUCAGCACUUUGUUGACACAGGGCACAGGCCACAAAACUUCAUCAGAGACGUUGGCUUGGCGGAUCGAUUUGAAGAAUACCCAAAGCUUCGAGAGCUGAUCAGACUGAAGGAUGAGCUCAUCUCCACCACCAACACCCCUCCAAUGUACCUUCAGGCUGAUCCAAUGCACUUUGACCUGCAAGAUUUGAAGUGCGAGUUUGAUGUCAUUCUGCUUGAGCCUCCCUUAGAGGAAUACUACAGAGAAUCAGGCAUCAGCAACACUGAACGUUUCUGGACGUGGGAUGAUAUCAUGAAAUUGGAAAUUGAGGAGAUAUCUUCUCUCCGUUCCUUCGUCUUUCUCUGGUGCGGCUCUGGUGAAGGCCUGGACUUGGGCAGAAUGUGUUUGAGGAAGUGGGGCUUUAGGCGGUGUGAGGAUAUCUGUUGGAUCAAGACCAACAAGAACAACCCAGGCAAAACCAAGGCACUGGACCCAAAAGCAGUAUUCCAGAGGACCAAGGAACACUGCCUAAUGGGAAUCAAAGGAACAGUGCGUAGGAGUACCGACGGCGACUUCAUCCAUGCCAACGUGGACAUUGACUUGAUCAUCACUGAGGAGCCUGAGAUGGGAAAUGUAGAGAAGCCUGUAGAGAUCUUCCACAUAAUUGAGCAUUUCUGUCUGGGCCGCAGGAGGUUGCACUUGUUUGGACGAGACUCGACCAUCAGACCAGGCUGGCUGACCGUGGGUCCUACUUUGACAAACACUAACUUUAACCCAGAGACCUACGCCUCGCAUUUUGUCAAUUCCCACCUAUCUGGCUGCACAGAGGAUAUAGAGAGGCUGCGGCCGAAGUCUCCCCCCGCUAAGCUGAAGUCGGAACGUGGUGGUGGAGCAGCCAGAGGGGGGCGUGGUGGGCCCAAUGCAGGAAGAGGCGGAGACAGAGGCCGUGAAAGAAAUCGGCCAAAUUUCCGUGGGGACAGGGGAGGGUUCAGGGGCCGGGGAGGGCCACAUCGAGGCUUUCCACCUCGCUAGAGCAAAGUGCUCAUGCCACCCAGACUGAUGCUAGAAGUCCCCUUCUGCGUACCCUGCAAACACAGGCUUAUUUUGAAUGCAGUCAGUGUAUGGUAUGGUUAGUAUGUGACAGCUGAUAAGUUAGUGAAUGAAUCUUUUUUAACUUUUGUGUUUUGUUUAUAUAUUUUUUCAUCGAUAUACUUUAGAUUGAAUGGGUAUUGUCUGAAUAAAAAAUUAUUUUCACUUUUAA